AUGGAAGAAGCGAUAUAUUUUUAUCGUCAAUUAUUUUAUUCAACAUUUGAAAAAACGCCAUCUGGUUGUGACUUGAAUAAAUUGCUUGAUCAGAUUGACCAGUCGAUAUCGAAACCUAUGCCAGUCAUCGUUGAUUAUGGUGGUUCAUUUGAAACAGAACAUUUACAUCUGAUACAAUGUGCAUUUCCACAUGCUGAAGUCUAUUCAAUUGAUAUUCUAUAUGAAGAUCUAGACUUGAUAGUCUGUAAUAUAAAUAACGACGAAAGAAAAUGGUGUAUCAUACCAGUUUUCAGUUCUACAAAAGAAUCAGAUCAACGUAAAUUGAUCCAAUGUUUACGUCAAGAACUGGAAGGAACAUCGUCAGUUUGGAAUGGUAUAAAUAUAUCACAACUGAAAUUUUGUGUUAAAAUUGAUCAUUUACAAGUGUAUGAUUCAUAUACAGAGCUACUUGAAUUGAAAAAAAUACAUUUUAUUGAUACAAUAGAAAAAUGUCAAAUCAUUCCAUGCUCUAUAUUUAUGGCAUAUAAUACAUUCAGUGCAACACCGAACCUGGACUUGUUGAUGUCAAAUGGUUUGGUUGAUCCCAUUCAUACAACAAUUGAUAUGGAUUGUGCUAGGGGGAAACCAAUUUCAUAUAGUUACUCAGCUUUUUACAAUCAUCGAGAAACACGCACCACUACCACUAACAGCAAUAAGAAAUGGGACAAUGUUCAUGCUAAAUUAGCUCAACUAAGGUCAAUAGUGGGCGAAAAACCAAGCAUUUCUUAUUCAUUACCGAAAACAUCUGAACUUAAUUGGCUUGGCACUAAUAUGAGUGCGAAACUGUUGGGUGGAAAAUUCUCAGAGAAUAUUUCUGAAAACAAUCAAGAUGAUCCUAUGGCACAUCAAUUUGGUCUAGCAGCCGAUUUUCACUCUUCUCUAUUGAACGAAAGAUCCAGUUACCUAUCGUCUAUCGACUGUAUCAAUUUAAGUUCCCUUAUAGUUAAGCACAAUAUUAAAGCUGUUACUCCUUCAAUUGUUCGACAGUUUAUUGAACAACAUCACGGUGGUUUUUGGAAAAAAGAUGAUAUCAAUAUCAGUGAUAUGCAAAACUAUCCAAAAAAUUUCGUUAAAGAGUGUCUUCAGGAGUUAUUGGGCUCAGUAACGAACCUUCACAUUCAUAUCGAUUCUAAUAAAGUACUGCAGUAUUCGUUUGACUUUGUUCGACAAUUAAAAUACGAAAAUCCAUCUUUCCAUAUUGAAAUGUCUUUUGCUGACCAAUUGGUCAAUGAGAUAUUUCAAUCGGUCAUCGUUCUGGCUUUUGAAUGCAAUCAAAAUUAUGUUCUAGUGUAUGCUGAACUUGAUUAUUUUCUCAAGUACAUUUCAGAGUGCACAUCACCCCAGGAAAUUCAAUCGAACGUCGAAUCAUCCGUUGCUUUCACUUAUGCAUUGCAUCAUGGGCAGCCUAUAAAAUGGCAUCAAAAUCUAUCAUUUGUCUAUAUUGCUGCUCAUGAAGAUGUCGUAAUUCGACAGGUUGAAGAUCGUCUUUUGUCGCGAGGUCUAAAAGAUAUUAACUUCAUAUCGAAAAAACUAAAAUAUUUGGAUACUUCUCAACCACCACAAUAUUGUAAGAAUCAAGCAAUUAUCUGUUUCAAUUUCUCAUCGCAUUAUGAUUAUCAACAUAUACCAAUAAGUUACAAUCAAUUGGAUCAGUGGAUUUUUGAUGUAGACAAAGGUAAAUUUACCGGACCAUUCAUAACUCUAUAUCCGAAUAUAUCCAAAUAUUUGAUAUCUACGUAUUCACACUACACACCAGAAUCAAAUGUUGGAUGUGUUUAUAAUUUAAUAUGUGACAAUGUUGCAAUUCUUAUGCAAUGGAGAUCUUCUUUGCCAGAAGAAUUAUUUUUAUGA